CGUCACCCUGUUUGUCGUGGGUUGUCAAAUGUUUAAAAGUUGAGGUUUAUUAGAAAAUAAAGUGUUUUUAUAAUAAUUAAAAUGGUGCUCAUAGCAGCUACGGUUUGUACUAAAUCGGGGAAAGCCCUUGUUUCACGUCAGUUCGUCGAAAUGACGAAGGCACGUAUCGAAGGGCUUUUGGCUGCAUUUCCGAAACUAAUGACAGGUGGUCGUCAACAUACAUUUGUGGAAACAGAAUCAGUCAGAUAUGUUUACCAACCUUUGGACAAACUCUACAUGUUGCUUAUAACAACUAAAGCCAGCAACAUUUUGGAGGACUUAGAGACCCUGCGACUAUUUAGCAGAGUGGUGCCUGAAUACUGUGCGCAGCUCACAGAAGCAGAUGUUUUAAAUCAAGCCUUCAAUCUACUGUUUGCGUUUGAUGAAAUUGUUGCUCUUGGAUACAGGGAGAGUGUUAACUUAGCUCAGGUACGAUCAUUCGUCGAGAUGGAUUCCCACGAGGAGAAGAUCUACCAAGCCGUGAGACAGACUCAAGAGCGUGAAGCAGCCAACCGUAUGCGAGAACGCGCGAAGGAACUGCAAAGGGAGAGACUGGAAGCUGCGAAGCGCGGUCAACCACCCCGUUCGUCGUCUGGUUUCGGCAGUGGUUUUGGCAGUUCUUCCAUGUCGUUUUCGGCUGCCUCGGAGCCUAUCACUGAGAAAAUUCCGACUACUCCUGUCCGGGAAACUCGUACAACAACACGUUCAGCCAUGAAGCUCGGUUCCCGCGGUACCGACGCGGAGACGUUCGUGUCUCGACUGCGGAGCGAGGGUGACGCCGCCGCCUCCGUGACUGUACCAACUAAGAUUGACAAAGCACCUUCCACUACGAAUAAUAAAGAUGUUCAUCUACGAUUUGAAGAAAGGUUGAGUCUGACGGCUGGUCGGGAUGGAGAUAUUCAGAGCUUCGAACUCUCCGGUUUAUUGACACUGCGCAUAAGUAAUGAACAAUUCGGUCGUAUUCACGUCCACGUCGACAACAAAGACACCAGACCCUUACAGUUGCAGACGCACCCGAACGUGGACAAGGAGGCGUUCCGCUCGGAGGGAGUGGUGCGCCUGAAGCAGGCGCAGCGGCCCUUCCCGCUGCACAGCGACGUGGGCGUGCUCAAGUGGCGCCUCGCGCACGCGCACGACGAGCGCGCCGCGCCGCUCUCCGUGAAUUGCUGGCCGUCUGAGGGUACGAACGGCGGCUGUGACGUCAACAUCGAAUAUGAGCUGGAGCAAGACCAUUUGGUACUCUCUGAUGUCAACAUCAUAAUACCUUUGCCAUCUGGCAACCCAUCAGUGGUGGUGCACCAAUGGGAAGGUAGUUACACGCAGAAGGGACGUAGUAUCAUUUGGAAUAUUCCAGUGAUUAACAGACAACAGAAAACUGGAACUUUGGAAUUUACCGUAUCACCGGCCAUCCCUAACGACUUCUUCCCUCUAAAUGUAUCAUGGACUUCAGAUACGUCGUUAGCCUUGCUCGCUGCCACAAAAGUAACUCAAGCCGAAGAUGGUUCUCCCGUCGAUUAUUCUCAAGAAAUAAGUUUCCAUGCAGAUAAAUAUGAAAUUGUUUGAAUUUUAUAUUCAAUUAUAUUUAUAAUAAUAAUAAUUUGAAUAAUUAUAGUUUUAUUUUUCAAUAGCAACUUUAUUUAAGGCCUUUGACAAUUAUAGUUACUCUUGUCAAUUUUAAAUACAAAAAUAGGCCAGAUAUACAUAUGAGGCAUAUUCUAAGGCUGCAUUUACAUUAUAGUAUGUUCAUCUUGAACCUGAGGUCAUAAUAAAUCUGAUGAAUAUAUAGUACUGUAAAAGCCCUGAUCGUCGAGAAAUAUAACAAUUAACAUAGAAAAAAUAUUUUAUAACAUUAUGAUUAAAAUAAAUUAUGCUAUGUCAACAUUUUGUUUAAUUUACUUUUCAAAUACAUAAAUUUUCUGUUUAUAAAUAAUAUAUACUAUUUGUAAAGUCUGGCUUACACUGGAACAACAACUUGCGACAUAUUGUAGCAUGCGUCGUUUGGAUUCUAUAUUAUAUAUAAUAUAGAAUCUAUAUUAUAAAAAAAAUUAUUAAAUAUUUGGUAACAUUGCUCCACGAAGAUAGUAUGCGCUAGUUUAUAUCAGGUGAAGGCUAUUUUUAGCCAAAAAUUUGAAAUAAAUGUUUGUGUACAGUAUAGCAAAAUUUGUUUAUCUUUAUUUUUAUUCGAUAGGAAUAGGCUAUAUGUACAGACGUUAUGUGUGACGUUUAUCGCAAUGUUGUUACACCAGUGUGAACAAGGCUUAAGUAUUCUGUAAAGUGGCAAUAAAAAUAUAA